AUGCACCAAGGACAACUUCUUUCUCAGCGUCUGCUGGCCAGCAUGAGGAACCUGAAACAGAGCAAGGGGAAUAUUAUUUCUCCACCCAAACCGAGCCAAUUCGAGGGAAUGGUUGAUUUUGGGUCUAACGACACGCUUUCUCUCACAACUUCUGGAGCUCUAACAGAAGCCUUCUUGAGCGAACUGAAGAAAAACCCCGGUUUCAAGGUUGGGAGCACGUCCAGCCGUAUCUUUGAAGGCGGGAGUAAAUAUUUGGAUGAUCUAGAGAAAGACCUGGCUCAGAUUCAUAGGGCUGAAUCAGCCCUAUUUUUCGGCUCUGGAUUCGACGCCAAUGUUGCGCUUUGGUCGACAAUUCCACGGGAAGGAGACUUCAUACUCCACGACAAGUACGUGCACGCAAGCAUUCACGAUGGUAUGCGACGAGGGAAAGCAACUACAUAUUCGUUUCCCCAUAACGACUGUUAUGGCUUUCGCCGCCGCCUCCAAAGCUUGGUCGAUGAACAUCAAGACGUGGCUGAAGGCAAGGUAUUUGUUUUUGUGGCUCUGGAGUCUUGGUAUAGCAUGGAUGGCGAUGCUGCUCCGGUUGAAGAACUUCUUAGCAUUGCCAAGGGAGUACUCCCUCACCAAAAUGCCGUUUUUGUGAUUGAUGAAGCGCAUUCCAGCGGCCUCCUGGGUCCAAGAGGAGCUGGAUUUGUGACACAGCUGGGGCUCGAAGAAGACUUUCAUAUCCGUGUACACACCUGUGGCAAAGCUCUGAGUUCCACAGGAGCGGUCAUAUUGGCCAGCUCGGUUGUUAGAUCAGCCCUCCUCAGCUACGCACGGAACUUGAUAUUCUCUACAGCUCCUUCAUUUGUGACAUUGGCAGCUGUAAGAGCAGGAUAUAACCUGAUUACAAGUGAAGAAGGCGAAAAGCGUCGCCAACAGCUCCAGAAAAACAUCCGUCUAUUUUAUGAUAACCUAGUAGGUGAUUCUGAAUGGGCAAAAAUCAAGCGUGAGGAAAUUAUUACUCUGCCCACGGAGAGAACCCAAAAGCAUAAGGCCGUCCAGUCACCAAUUAUAGCCCUUGUGACACUGCCAGGCAAGGCGAAUGACCUGGCAGAAUAUGUCCGACAAGCUAAAUUCUGGAUCAACGUCGCGCAGCAUCCAAUUGUGCCCAAAGCACUGGAGCGGGUCAGAAUCUGCAUACACGCUCACAACUCAGUUAAAGAGAUCAAAGGCUUGACACGAAAAAUCCUGGAGUGGGCUAAGUCUCAGCAUCAGCAUCAGCCGCCUUCGAGCCUCUCGUGGAGCCAGCAAAGGUCAAAACAGGCUGUUACAUUGGUCGGUGCAGGAACUCAGGGUACUCGACUAGCUUAUAUGUGGUCAAAGCUUGGAACAACCGUCUAUCUACUCGAUGAGAAAUCGGACAAACCAAAAAAAGCGCUCAAUGAUGUCGUCGAGCUUCGAUUUAAAAGUUUGUCAUCGGAGAAGUGGGGAACUAUACUAACUGGCUCCUUUGACAUGAUUAAGACGGCUUUAGAGUCUUCGUGGUUGGUCAUUGAAUGUGUUCCUGAAAAUCUCGAGAAGAAGCGAGCGGUACUGCAAGAGCUCGAUAGCCAUGCAAGCCUCGAAACCAUUAUAACCUCUAACUCAAGUAGCUUCACCAUCGCCGAUAUACUAAAUGACUCGGAAAUUGUUGACAGAGGUCGGUUUGCUAAUCUUCAUUCAUUGGUCGAGAUUAUGGGAUCGGAAAACACUCAUCCUGAGAUAAUAACCAAGCUCAUUCAGGAAACGAGAGCCCACGGCUUCGACCCUUUUCAUGUUCGUCACCAAUCUACUGGGUUUAUUUUCAACAGAAUCUGGGCAGCAAUCAAGCGCGAAUCACUUGCUGUAUUGCAGGAAGAUGUGGCUUCUGUUGAGGAAAUUGAUUCCAUUUACAAAGCAAUAACCGGAUGUCGUAAAGGACCCUUCGAGCAAAUGGAUAUUGCCGGGUUGGACGUCAUAUAUGAUGUUGAAGAUCACUAUACGGCCGUUAAAACACAGCUACCGGUGGGUCCUAGAGAUCUUCUUCACCGCAUGGUCUUAUCUGGAAAACUUGGGGUGAAAUCCCGCAGCGGAUUUUAUAGUUACGAAGAAGAGAAGCAAGAUCCGCAGUAG